AUGUUCAAAUGCAAGAGCUGCGGGCAUGAGACGCAAUUCCGGCAGAACUACUUGCAUCACAUUCAGACUGGCCAACCGCUGCAGUGUAUCCACUGCUCGUUCACGUUUGAUAGCUUGUGCAAGCUAAGAAGCCAUCGACAAAGCGUUCAUCCGAAAGAAUUCGAUGAAAGCCGUAAAAUGAUGCAGAAUCUCGAGGUUGCUGCAAAAAUGUCCGAUCGCAAGAACACCUCUGGAGAGAGUAGCGGCGGAUCUGCGGCAAAGACCAUGGGAAGCAUAAGCUCUUCUCCACGCCCUUCUGGAGCUGUUUCCAUCCUAGUAGCCAGGACGGGAGAGGAGGAGACCCGAGAACAAAAGCCUGUGAGUGGGUUUGAACAAUGGUGUUCGCCGCAGAGUAGCAAGCCCAGAACCCCAGUUGGGAACAAUGAUCAAUCUCCCGUAUCUGAACCGAACGGUAUGGAAACGGGAGAUUUGAUAGAUGUCAGCAUCCCGGAUGAGGACACAUGCAACAUAGCUAGCGCCUUCAAAGUCCUCAUGGACAACGUAAAAAACCAGUCUCAACCAGGGGAGGGGGAGACGGAGGUCAAUAAAAUGAUAGAGCAAUCCGUUUCAGCAGAUACGACUCUGAUGGACUCUGACCAUGCCAAGAUAACUGUACACAACAUUGGAAAAGCAAUUACCCCAUCCCAUGGGCAGCGAACCGCGGAAUCUAGCCAUCGAAGUGGAAUGGAAGCAGUUGAGACCAUCAGUGCCAGGGCGUCACAUGGCUCAGAGGUUUCCGGCGGAUAUUAUGUUUCCCAACUAGAAAAUGCCGCACUGGCGAAAAAGAACUACCACACAACACCGGUGGAAGGCUUGGAAGUUGCAAAGGCCAUAGAUCCUUCGCACACCUAUAAGGCAUUCGCCAUAAUGCAACCAGAACCUACGCACACCUAUAAGACAUUCGCCAGAAUGCAACCAGAACCUACCGGAGUAGGAAGCGUCUGCUACGGUUGUGGUGACACAUUUAACUCGGUAGUUAGUCUCCAACUCCAUCAGAUGGCAAACGAGCACAACUACUGCAAAUUGUGCCUCAGUUUCUUUAGCGAUAAUUCCCUGUUCAAAUUCCACAUUCAGAAGAUGCACACAUUCAAAUGUGCAGCAUGCCAUCUGACUUUCAAGGACCAGGAAGAGAGGAUGCAGCACCAGCGGGAGACAGGACAUGCACAUUGCAAGGACUGCAGCGGCUACUUCUUGGACCAGAAGAGCCUAAGCAAACACCACGAGAUCCACAACCGCACCAAGUUCUCAUGCCCCCUUUGCAGCAGCGUAUUCAAAACCGAGAUGGGUCGGAACGCACACCAAAGAGACGUAGGACAUGCAUAUUGCAAAUCGUGCAUCUGCUACUUCUUGGAUAGGAAAAGUUUUGAGAAGCACAUCGAUUGUCACCAGAGUACCAACGGACUCGUGUGUCCCACGUACAAACUUGCACAUCAAACGGAGAAAGCCCGCACUGCUCAUCAUAAAGCAGUCAAGCACCGCAAGUGUCCCCAUCGCGGAGAAGAAUUCACGGAUGUUGCGAGCGCGACUAAACAUGCGGCAAUCAACCACACCUACCAGUGCCUUCUGGGAGGCUGCAACAUUGCUUUUCCGACAUUGGAUGAUCUACUGGUCCAUCACAGGAAAAACCAUCAGCAUUGCAAACCUUGCGAUCGUUGGUUCUGUGACAAAGCAGCGCUGGAGUCUCAUGAGGAAAACGCCAAGCGACACAUGUAA